ACAUUUACAUUAAUUGUAUAUUCAAAUCAAGAUGUCUCUCAACGAGCAAUUCCAGAAAGUGUCAGAGCAGGUGAGGAACUGGAAGACGAAGCCCUCUGACAACGAGAAUUUGGCAUUGUACUCCCUUUUCAAGCAGGCCACAACCGGCGAUGUUAACAUUGGAGCGCCCAGUGCAACGAACCUUGUUGCAAGCGCCAAAUUCAAGGCAUGGACCGGUCGCAAAGGCAUGUCACAAGAUGAUGCUAAGAAACAGUACAUCGAAAUGGCGGAAAAAUUACAUUCGAAAUAUGCAUAAUUUUAUAACAUUCUGAUAGCUAAGAUUAUUUAAGUUAAUAAUACUAUAAAUUUUUGUAUAAAAUUCUAAAUUAGGUACCUGUAAUAAUUAUUGUUUUGGUUUGUUAUUAUGUAAAUACAUUUGGAAAUUACUUUCAUUA